AUGCUGCUAGUGUUUAGUCUGACGGUCGUACAGUUAUCCUAUUUAAUAAAAUUUGCUGGCGGUGCGAUAACGUUAAACGAAUCUGAUAUCGGAGACAGUUUCAGACAGUGUCUGAUAUCCCAAACACCGGGUAAUUUAGGUCAUUGCCUGGGUGUGGAAGCGGUUACUAAACUACAAAGUUUGGAUAAUAGUCCGGAAUUCGAUUUAGUGGAUGGAUUGACUUUAUCGCGAGACGCUCGUCAGGAGUUUAGGGAUGGUUAUAACUUUCAGGAAGAAGAUCCAACGAAUUUCAGAAGCAUAAUGGACACGGUCAGUUAUGUUUUUUCAAAACGGAAUAUGAGAUGGAACAUGGGCUUCAUUUAUCCCGGUCUUAUGAUGCAUGUAUCGCCAUCUGGCCAUCCAGGUGGUACACUAGAAUUUCUUCUCGAUCCUCGCCGAGAAGCGAUCAAUGUUCAUGAGUUGAAAGAAGUGGGAACAGGUAGGCUCUUAGCUCGUCAAUUUCUCUUGCCACUUCUAUUGGGCUUUAAGUUCAAUGUGAUUAGUAUUAUACCAAUAAUAUUCGGAAUAAUUGCCUUGAUAGCGAAAAAAGCAAUCAUUUUGAGUAAAAUCGCACUUGUUGUAUCGAGUGCUUUUGCUUUGGGCACAAUUCUAUUUAGCAGUGGACAAAGUUAUCAUUCUUCUCAACAAUAUACAACUGGACAAUAUGGUGGACAUGGUCAUUUUGGACACGGAGCACAUGGAGUUCAUGGGGUUCAUGGAGGAUAUCAUGCCUACGAUAGGUUUCCUGAUGAAAACUAUGCUGACACAUUUUUUCGAGCAACUAAUGAAGGAAAUUCUGAUCAGCUGAAUGUAUAUCCUAAUAUCGUGAGAACCGAAGACGACAAUACUAGAGUGGACAACAAAAAAGGAAGAAAUUUUGUAUGGGAAGAUAAUGAUAAACCAAAUACUAAGCCAGCAAGAUGA